CGCAGCCGUCGCCAUGUUUAGAAGUGUGUACGCGUCCUUGGGCGUGCGGUGUGACGAUGUAUCGUAAAAUAUUAGAUAUAGCUCAUGCGCCGUAUGUUACGUGAGGUACCCAAUUGCGAGUCGACCCACGCCGUACACGGGCGUGACGUUCAUUCCCGUGGAUGGCGCACCUACGUCGCGGUAAUUUGUGAUUACAUUAUGCGUAACGUGCAAUGAGUGAUAAACAGGGUGCACCUAUUUUACCACCCCUUAAUCGGGGUGCGGCUAAUAAUGGCGGAAAUAACGGAAGUUCAGCUCAACAGACUGUCAGUCUGCAGCAGGUUUUCGCUACCCAAGGCCUCAACGUGCUCACUCCUGGGCAACAGUUCGUUAUUACGACUCAGGUUCCUGGUCUCACACAGGUCUUAUCGAACAAUGCCACAACUAACGCGAGCGGAACGCAACAAGUCGGUGUUACAAGGAUCGUCAACAUCACGAGCACGUCACCGCGCAACGCUGUUGGCAUCGCCGGCACGUCGCCUCAUUCGUCACCGGCGGCAGUAUCGCGGCCGCAGAACUCCGCUAAGCUUAUGCUGACAACGUCGCCGAAACUCGUACGCACCUCCAUGAGCAACGUGUUUGUGGCACCAAUGUCGUCGUCUUCAUCAUCAUCAUCGUCAUCGGCACUGUCAUUAUCAUCGUCGUCAUCAUCGCAGAUGUCGUCGCAAGUGCAGCAGCCGUCGUCCUCGUCACCGGCGAGGAAACGGCUGAAAUUGUCGGAAACGGCGGAGAAGCCGAUCCCAUUUGACGCCAGCGGCUAUCGCAGGCGGAUAAUGGAGCACAAGAUGCGGCGGAUGCGCAGCGUACGUGAGAAGUAUGCCGAGAACGCGUCGGAGCUCUUCUUCUUGCACGCCGGCGGCAACAUGAUGGACUACCACACCUGGCGGAAGCGAUCGCCGACGCCGCAGUUCGUUAACUUUCUGCGUCAGCACCGACUCGAUCCGGAUGACGCCGACGAGGAUCUGACCGCGCCGCUGUCGUCGAUACCGGAGUUCACACAGCUGUCCGCUGUUACCACUACUGUCACUACUACCACCACCGUCACCAGCGCUAUCGUCACCGCCGUCACCGCCACCACAACCGUCACGUCCGGAUCCACGGUGGUCCAGGUGCCGAAUCAGAGAACGGAGGUUAAGAUCGCUGGGGCGGGUGGCACGCCAGUUGCGGUGUCCACCACCUUACCUGCUGCGGCUCUAGCCCAGCUCAGCCAAGGUGGAGCGUCGGUGGUUGCGGACCCGUCGAAAUCGACGACCACGGCCGCGAGUCCGGUGGUGGAAAAGUCUUCGCCGUCUAUAACCACCGUCGCCACCCCGAAAACGCCUACGACAACAGCUGCGCUCAAUAGUCCACAACCUGUCGUUAAGCUCGUUAAGUUGUCUACACCCACUACCAUAACUACUUCCUGUGAUAUCACGAACAAUCAGGAGCAAAUUGUGGAAAAAGCUAAGCAGGAGGCAUACGUAAUGCAAAGGAUUGCGGAGCUGCAACGCGAGGGAUUAUGGUCGGAACGGCGAUUGCCAAAGGUACAAGAACCGACCCGUACCAAAGCCCAUUGGGAUUACCUGCUGGAGGAAAUGGUCUGGUUGGCCGCUGACUUCGCCCAAGAGCGUAAAUGGAAGAAGGCGGCGGCGAAGAAAUGCGCGAGAAUGGUGCAGAAGUACUUUCAGGAAAAGGCAAUUCAGGCGCAGAAGGCCGAGAAGUCGCAGGAGCUUCGGCUGAAGAAGAUCGCCAGCCACGUUGCCAAGGAAGUUAAAAACUUCUGGGCAAAUGUCGAGAAAAUUGUGGAGUAUAAGCAGCACAUGAGGCUGGAAGAGAAACGGAAGAAGGCGUUGGAUCAACAUUUAAAUUUUAUUGUGGGCCAAACGGAGAAAUACUCCACGUGGCUGACAGAGGGUCUCAACAAGACCGAUGGUCCACAGAGUGUUCCAGCUUCCAUGAAUAGUUCACGUAUCUCUUCGCCAGUUCCACUGGGAAAAUGUCAUUCCGACGAGGAAUUCCAGCCAAAUCAGAGUUCGGACGACGACGAAGAGACCAUAGCUAAAGCCGAAGAGGAAAUGAAAACGACCAAUCACAAGGAGGAAGUGGAGUUGUUAAAAAGGGAAUCGGAAAUACCUUUGGAAGAUCUUUUAAAAGACUUACCACCAGACUAUUUGGAGGAUCGCAACAGAAGUCUGUCGCCGCAAAAUGCAACGAACGAAGAGGAUCAAAAUGAAAAUGAAGCGGUUGACGCAGAUGCAGACUUUAUUGCAGCGUCUGGUGAAUCUUCGGAUGAAGAAGACACUAUUAUGGAAGAGGAAAGAUUAGAAGGAGACAUCGAUCAUAAGCGGGAGCUUGAUGAACUUAAGGCUGAUAAUGAAAUGUCCAUCGACGAACUCGCAGCCAAAUAUGCAAAUAUGUCGGACAUGUUGAUGGAUGAAGACGAAGAAGCUGAUGGUACGGAUAAGGAAAGUAGCGACAAGGAAGCGAUACAGGAGGUCGAAGAAGUAACCAGCAGCGAGAAUGAAAGCGAAGAGAGUGAUCACGAUAGCGAUGAGGAAGAAACUCGGACGCAGAGCGAUACUGAGGCGGAUGUGGGACUUCAAUCACUUCUUGAAGACCUCUCUGCGGAAAAACAAUCGGACAAUAAAGUCGCAGAUGAUGAUUCGGACGCUCGUAACGAAAUGGAUAACGUUGCCGCAUUGGCCGAGAGCAUCCAGCCUAAGGGAAAUACAUUGCUCACCACUAGUGUUGUCACUAAAAUACCUUUCCUUCUGAAACACCAUCUUCGCGAGUAUCAGCACAUAGGACUGGACUGGCUUGUCACUAUGUACGAUAGAAAGUUAAACGGAAUCCUGGCUGAUGAGAUGGGUCUAGGUAAAACUAUACAAACUAUCGCGCUGUUGGCGCAUCUGGCCUGUGAGAAGGGAAACUGGGGACCGCAUCUUAUAAUCGUGCCGACCUCUGUGAUGCUCAAUUGGGAAAUGGAAUGCAAAAAGUGGUGUCCCGGAUUCAAAAUACUGACAUAUUACGGUACACAGAAGGAAAGGAAACAAAAACGAACGGGUUGGACAAAACCAAAUGCCUUCCAUAUAUGCAUUACGUCCUAUAAAUUAGUAAUACAGGAUCACCAAAGUUUUAGACGAAAAAAAUGGAAAUACCUUAUUUUGGAUGAAGCGCAAAAUAUCAAGAAUUUUAAGUCGCAAAGAUGGCAGUUGCUUUUAAACUUCCAGACACAACGGAGAUUACUUCUUACUGGCACACCCCUUCAAAACAAUUUAAUGGAACUGUGGUCGCUUAUGCACUUUCUUAUGCCUAACGUUUUUCAAUCUCAUCGCGAAUUCAAAGAGUGGUUUAGCAAUCCUGUCACGGGCAUGAUCGAAGGGAACAGCGAAUACAACGAGAAUAUAAUUCGUCGUCUGCAUAAGGUGUUGCGACCAUUUCUCUUAAGACGAUUGAAAACUGAAGUGGAAAAGCAAUUGCCGAAGAAAUACGAGCAUGUGGUCAUGUGCCGUUUGUCAAAGCGUCAGAGAUUUCUGUACGAUGACUUUAUGUCGAGGGCAAAAACGAAGGAAACACUCGCCAGCGGGAAUCUGUUGAGUGUGAUUAACGUAUUGAUGCAACUGCGAAAGGUGUGUAAUCAUCCAAACCUGUUCGAGGUGCGACCAACCGUUUCGCCAUUUCAAAUGGAAGCGAUCGAGUUCGUGACCGCCUCAUUGAUCUGGACCGCGCUCGAUUACGAUCCCUUUAAGCACAUUCAAUUGUCUAGCCUGAAUCUUCUGCUGUUAAAUCUGGAGACGACGAUCAGUGCGUUUGCAGCGCACAGAGUGAAUCGUCUGCAAACACCCAGAAAGUUAAUAGAGGAGAUAGAUAGGCAACCGGAACCAGCACCGAGGUGUCCAUCAGGCCGGCUCAAGAUCAACGUUAGACUGUCGGACCAACCGAAGCCGCAGCAGCAACAACAGCAGACGCCGAACAGGCUAAAGACGGCUGGCGUAUUACCCACGCCAAGAGUGGGUACGUCCCCCUUGAUAAAGUCAUUAAAUACCAGCCAGAGUGGUCCGGGAUCAGGUUCUCUUACAUUGAGAGUUGCGGCUGGUCAAGGUCAAUUGCAAGGUUUAUCUGUGCAACUGGUGCAGCAUCAGGGUAGCGUGAAGGCUAUCCCUAUGGCAACUUUGGCGGGGCACAAUCUGCAAAGUACCACCGCGACCUCGACCACGGUAGCGACGAACGCGCAAAGGAUCGCGAUGGGAAACGCUAGCAUUAGAGAUGGCAUCCAACGAUUGACGACGCAAACCGUCACGGUCAAGCAAGGCGAUUCCAUCCAGAGAAUAGCGAUGCCCGGCGCUAUCGCGCACUUCGUGCAAACCUCUACCGGCAAACACUUCAUUCUGGCGCCGAGUCAACAGAACGCUAACACAGUUUCGUUUCCAGUCAUGACGCCGAGUGGAUCGCGACAUUUUACGGUGUUGUCCUCUAAAUCGCUAGUGGGUCUGUCUACGACCGGCGCCGCCGCGGUAAACAAGGUCGUUAGCGGGGUAGUGCCGAGCGGUCGGCCCGUCAUGAGGGUACCUCCUCUGAACGUAACCGCCUCGCAGUCGUCAUCAGCGAGCGGAAACAACAGCCAGCAGACAGCCAGCCAGCAACAAUCGCAGACGAUACGCAAUAUUGUCACCAGACAGACUCAGAAGGAGAUCGCGAAGGUGCAGAGCAAAGAACAGCCCAAGUCUGAGUUUCAUAUGCCGCAAUUGGAAGAGGAAAGGAAGCAGAGGAGACAGGACAAGUUGCAUCUUAUUGCAAACAUCAAUGAACGAAGAUGCGCGGCGUGUCCGCUUUACGGUGAAGAUCUGUUCAUGGCUUUGAGAAUCGGCAAACCUACGACAGCAUGUCGUUGGCACGACGGUUGGGUACAUUGCGCGACGGCUGACGAGAACGUUCGUACUCGAAAAGAGUUCUUUUCACAUACGGAGGCGCUCGCGGAAGCCAUCAAGAGCACGGAGCAGAUUGUUGAAGAGCUGAAAGAGGUCUUCGAAAGAUAUGUCGUCUACGUGCCGGCUGUACGCGCGCCAGUCCCUCGGUUCCACGUGUCCCAUCCGCCGCCGCACAAGCUGUGGAAUGAGCGUCGCCUGUGGACCGAAUUGCAGCGGCAGCUGUCGCCGAAAUUGUCUCUGUUCCAUCCUAUUUCGAGCCUCAUGCUCACGCAGUUCCCCGAUCCGAGACUGAUACAGUACGAUUGCGGCAAACUGCAGUCGCUGGAUCGUCUGUUGAGGAGGCUGAAGUCCGAAAAUCAUCGGGUCCUCAUAUUCACGCAGAUGACCAGAAUGCUGGACGUAUUGGAAGCCUUCUUGAAUUUCCAUGGGCACAUAUAUCUGCGGCUUGACGGCACUACCAGGGUGGAUCAACGUCAGGUUCUGAUGGAGAGAUUUAACGGCGAUAAGCGAAUCUUUUGUUUUAUCCUAUCGACGCGAUCUGGUGGUGUCGGCGUAAAUCUUACGGGAGCGGAUACAGUAAUAUUUUAUGAUAGCGAUUGGAAUCCUACAAUGGAUGCCCAGGCGCAAGAUAGAUGCCACAGAAUAGGACAAACGCGGGACGUACAUAUCUACAGAUUAGUUAGUGAGAAGACUGUCGAAGAAAACAUUCUGAAGAAGGCGAAUCAGAAACGAUUGCUAGGAGAUCUCGCUAUUGAAGGCGGUAACUUCACUACGGCGUACUUCAAAAGUUCCACCAUUCAAGACUUGUUUAACAUCGAUCAAACGGAGAACGACGCGUCAGCGCGAAUGGCUGAAGUACUCGAACAGAGUCGGGAUCGAGAGAAGGCCUGGAGCAAGGACGUGGCGGCAGCAGGGUCGUUUCAAGGUGGCCUUUCAGGACAGCAGGAGGAGAAGGCAGCGAUGGGCGCUCUUGAGAGCGCUCUCGCCGCUGCUGAGGAAGAUCUUGAUGUUCAGGCUGCGAAGAUUGCGAAGGCGGAAGCUGUCGCCGAUCUCGCAGAGUUCGAUGAGAACAUUCCGCUGGAAGAAGCUGAUAAAGACGAGACGCAGGUCAGCAAGGCAGAACAGGAAGUUCAGAGCUUGAUGGCCCAGCUGACUCCAAUUGAGCGAUACGCAAUGAAAUUCGUCGAGGAAUCCGAAGGCGCGUUCUCCGCGGCACAACUGGCUGCAGCCGAGCGGGAACUCGAGGAGCAAAAGAAGGAGUGGGAGCUGGAUCGGUUGCGGGCCUUGCGCGAGGAGGAGGAGCGACGCAUGCGGCUCGCCGACGACGACGAGAAGCUGACGUUUGGCCGCGAGGACGCGCAGAAUCAGAUUUGGUUAUCGGAACACACGAUGGAGCAAAUGCCAAUGUGGUGUCCGCCAACACCUCCCACGACAGAUAACGAUGUAUAUAUUGAUUAUUCUCUUGGAUUUCUGUAUGAGAAUAUCCCCAUGACAGAGGCUCAGUUGCCGCCGAUUUACGUGAAGAAGGAACGGAACAGGAGCAGAAUCGAAAUCGGUAUCACUGAUGACGGUUGUCGACCCGCGAAGAUGAUGCGCCAUAAAGAGGAGUCUGUGUAUGCGCCAAGGUCGCUCUUCGAUCGGCCGUCACCGGCACUGAUGAAGAUGCGCCGCGACAUGAAGCUGUACAAGUAUCGCGCGGUCGUGCGUCCCCCGAUGCCGGUCCUAAAGACCUCGUCGCACGUGACGAAAACCUCACCGGAACCGGACCAAGCCAUGGACUGGCUGGUCUACGAGGAAUGGGGCCUGCUGCAUUCCAUCCAGAACUAUCAGAGCUUACCGCUGAACACGACGAUCCUCUCGCCCGGUCACACGCCCAAUUGGGACAUGGUUGCCGAUACCAUCAACAACGGCGCGCGCUUGUUCAGAUCGCCCAAGCAUUGCAGGGGCAGAUACGAGUCUGUGAUAAUGCCUAGGGAGGAGGGUAAGCUCCUGUACGACACCGCGCCGAAGAAGCAGAAGAAGCAGAAGACGAGUGUUUACAAAACCCUGCCGGUUUCCGAGCAACAAAGCAAGAGCAACAGAUCGAUGAGAACAUCGCAGUUACACAAUCAAGACAAAAACAGUUCCUUCACGUCGACGGGUAGUCAGAGAUACGAAAUCAUGAAGUCCGUAUCCAACAAGCGAACGCCCACCGUGAAGCCAACGUCCAUUGUGAGUCCAAUGAUGAGGAAUGUUCCCUCGAACGCCACUGUCCUGGUGGAACAGUACAAAAUACAGGUCGACAAUCCGUUGACGCCGGUUGAAAUUGCUACGCGACGCGCCGAUAGGAUCAAGCUGGAGAAGCUGAAUAAGGCAUCACAGGUUUUGACUCCGGAACAGCAACAGCAGGUAGCGGCACGACUGCUCCAACAUCAGCAACAGCAACAAGCCGCCCAGCAGCAGCAGCAGCUGAAGCUACAGCAACAGCAGACUCAACAACAACAGGCUGGACAGCAAGCGAUUGCGAACUCCGUUGCGUCCCAAAUUCACCAGCUGACGCAGGCAACGGCAACUAGCGCGAAGGGUGGUGCGGCGACUAGCGUGAGUUUGAGCAACGUAGCGACUACAACGACCGCUACGGUGGUCAAGGCUCGAUCUGUUGGUGGACAGAUAACCAUGCAGGACGUGAGGACGACAUCGGCGAACGCUAAUAUACAGCAGGUCGCUCAACGAAUCACGACAGCCAAUUUGGUGUCUACGAGUCAAACGUCCGCUGGUGCGACCGCUGGUGGUCAGAAGGGAGGCCUGGUGGGCGUUACGAUGGCCACGGCGGCGUCGGGAAGUAAGACCCCGACGGCGGCACAGGUGCAGUACUACAGACAGCAGCAGGUAUUACUGCGGCAGCAGCAGCUCAAAGUACUGCAGGCUCAAGCCGCCAGCGGUCAGAAAGUGUCCGUUGCGGUGUCGGCCACGGCGGCGGCGGCGGCGGCGCAGCAGCAGCGAGUGGCAGCGGCUACCCUCAUGAAGCAGGGUAUCGGUUCGGUCGGCACUGCGGGCGCCACGACACCGCAGACCGGCAAACCAACGAUGACUAGAACGAUGUCCGAAACUGAAAUGGCUGCGCUACUGAAGCGUCAGGCCCUGCAGCAGCAAGCGAAGCAGGUUGCCGCUGCGGCUAUCGCGCAGGUACCCACGCCAACGGGGCUCACACCGGCGCAGAUCUUCGCUCAGGCCGGUCUGCAAGUGCAGCAGCCGGGUACCUCUGGUAAUACUUCGGUAGCGACGCUCGUGAAGACGGCGGGUGUCCGCACCGGGGCGUCCCAACAGAUACGACAGCUUGCGCUUCACCCGCAGCUUCUGCAGAGGAAAGGACUACCGGGGCAGAAGGUCGCGCAGCUAGCUCAGGUCACAAAUAAGGCUGGCGUGCAGACACAACUGAUCGUGCAACCUACGAAAUCGCUACCUACGACUAUGACAGUACAGCAAAUUCAUCAAGUGAUGAAACAUGUGCCCUCGGCGAUGCAGCAAUUCAGUCACGUUUCCACAGGGCAAUCGGUGUCUCAGGCUAGCCAAGUUGUACUAGCUAAAUCACCGUUGCAGACUCGUGUUGCAAUACCAGUUGCGCCCGCAGCACUGAAGCAAACCAUUCAAGUGGUGACCGCCAGCAAUCCUCAGCUACGACAGUCCACGCCUAUCCAAGGAAAACCGGUGCCCGGCGCGGUAAGGCGAAGUCCUGGUCCAGGCUCUAGCCCCGGUUCAGGCACAAGCCCGGGUGUCGCAGCAUCCGGUUCCAUUGUUACCGCGGGUACUGGCGUGAGUGCCACUUCGAAUCUGACCUCCCCCGCGUCGGUCCUCGGUCAAGUGAGAUUGCAAACCUUGACGCAGCAGGUGCAGCAACAGCAGACACAGCAGCAGCAACAAACUCAACAGGACACUCCACCGAAAUAGUUUUGUGUCACGAUUGGAAGACGAGUGUUGAAAUUGUAUUGGGAAAUUCAGAAACUAGAUUGGUUUUGCGUGUUAAGAGAAAAAUCUUAUAGUUACGUUAAAGAUAUUAAUGUAAAGGAUUAGUUCAGAAUAUGUUUUUUUUAGGAUGCGUAGGAAGCAACAAAGUACGAAAUAUCAACGCGAUAUGUGAUUGUUAAUAAUUACAAGAACAUUCAUUUAAAAUAUUGAUUCGGGUAUUUUCGAGCAACUGAAAGGACUAAGAAAUGAUCAGUUAAAAUAUUUUGUCGAUAAUUAAUUAAUAAAAUAGAAAAUAUUAUAUAGUUCAUCGAAAAUUAAAUGUUCAAACAUUUUCAGUUAAUCAUUAGCAAAUAGAAAAACAUUAAUUUUUUAAUAGUGAAAUAUUUAAUAAGAUAUAUUUCAUCGUGAUAAAAAAAUAUUUUCUAUAUAUUUGAAUAUAUUAGUUUCUGAUUUUCCUGAUUCAGAUUCAAUUCAAUCACAAACACUCAUAUUUCAGUUUUUCUCUUUCAAUGUUAUAUAAUCCUAGUAUAUGAAGUUUGACAUGAUGAUAGCGCGUAACGCACAUUAAAGCAUUCCAAGCUUUGCUGCGAAUAUAACUGUAAUUUUGAUAUGAUUUAUGUAACAACAAAUGAUUAUAACAAAUGGACGAAUGUAGCGUGCUAGUAUCGCCAUUUUAUUUUUUGUCCGCACAAAAAAUUAAUUAUAUUUAUUUUGACAAUUACAAUUUUUUAUGUUAUAUUGAAACAAUGACAAGACCAUUGCUGCAUGAACUUCUGCAGCGAGUAUAAAAAAUUAAAAAAUCUUUUAAAAGUAAAAAAAACAGCUUGACGUUUUGAUCAUUGCGUAGAUAAAAUAAAAUGGCGAUAUUAGCACGCUGAAUUCGUCCAUUUGUCAUAGACAAACGUUAUUUGUUGUUGCAUAAAUUGCAUCAUCAAAAUUAUACAAAACUGUCAAGCUGUUUUUUCUUUUGACAUUUAAAAUAUUUUCCUUGGACAUUUGAAGAAUGUUGCCAGGAUUCUUUUGUUAAUCUUCCACUUGAAAAAAAUGAAAAAAAAAAUAGGGCGCUUCUUCGACGUUUAAAAGAGGCCUGAGUAGGUGUGUCGUCAUUUAGACGUCUUUUAAAAAAGUUAUGGAAUUGCAUCUUGAUGUGCAAUUCUCUAUUUAUGGUUGACCGUAGGAUAUAGUGAAAUUACUCGGAAAACGUGGCGUUUAUACUAGAAUCGUUAACACAAAGUCAUGCGUUACAAUACAGGGUUUCCAUUCCGUUUACGUGCAAGGUGAGCAAUUUGAAUGCGAAUGUCCGAACGUCUCGCCGUUUGAUUAAACGUAGUAAUAAGAAAGAGUUGACAAGAAACGACGUUUCCUUGUAUUUACAUGAGCGAGGUAGAUCAAGUGUUCUCCAUUGAAUGCUCACCUAGUACACUUGGUGUCGAUUAGGAGAACAUCUUACGUACGUCGAACGAAUUUGUAGAAUCGAUCUUGGAUGUGUUACGUGAGAAAUGUAACGGUUUUUUUUUCUUUUAAUAACACUUCAUUUUAUGCGGCACCCUCUGUAUGUACGUAUGUACGAUAUGUAUGUAUAUAUGUAUGUAUAAUUUGUGUAUUAUAAAUGCUAAAAUAAAUCUCGUAAAGCGACGAAACAGCCCUUAAAA